CAGUCAGCUCAGUGAAAUAAGAAAUUUUUUGGAUGUGAUAUGUGUGUUGUGUUUUGGACUAGGUUUAAAUUAGUUUCUUUUCGUUUUGGCUAUCUACAGUAAAGUUAAAUAAAAUAAUUAGGUAAACAUACGUAGCAUUAGAGUUAAAUUAAACUUUACAGCUAAAUAAAAUGGCAGACGACGAGCAAGAUCCCAAAGAAUACCGGUGGGAAACGGGUUACGAAAAGACUUGGGAAGCAAUCAAAGAAGACGAGGAUGGUCUUGUGGAAGGCCUGGUGGCGGAAUUCGCACAGAAAGCGGCGCGAAAAGCCGCGACACCUCGGCGCGGCCCGGUUCGGCUGGGCAUGAUGAGGCAUCUCCUAGUGGCCGUAGAUUGCUCAGAAGCAAUGAAUUCACAGGAUUUAAAGCCAUCAAGAUUUCUAUGCACUUUGAAGUUACUAGAAAAGUUUGUGGAAGAAUACUUUGACCAGAAUCCAUUGAGUCAGCUUGGUAUAGUGGCAAUGAAGAACAAAAGAGCAGAGAGAAUCACCGAUUUGUCCGGAAAUGUUAGAAAACACAUAAAAGCUGUGCAAGGAUUAAUAAACAUCCCGCUGACUGGAGAGCCAUCAUUGCAGAACACAUUAGAGUUUGCGGGUCGUGUCCUCCGGCCACUGCCAGGGCACGCUUCUAGAGAACUGCUAGUUUUGUUUGCCUCACUUACCACAUGUGAUCCCUCAGACAUUACUACUACUAUUCAGGAAUUGAAAACGGAUGGAAUAAGAUGUUCAGUCAUAGGUUUGGCAGCUGAAGUUAGGAUAUGUAAAAAGCUAUGUCAAGAUACUGGUGGAGAAUAUGGGGUGGUGUUGGACGACGUGCACUACCGGUCGCUGCUGCUGGAGUGCACGGCGCCGCCGCCGCGCGCGCGCGCGCUGGACGCGGGCCUCGUCAAGAUGGGCUUCCCGCACUGCGCGCCCCCACCCGCGCACUGCGACCCCGCCAACUCCAUCGAUCCGCCCGUCACCAUCUGCAUGUGUCACCUGGAGGAGGGCGAGGGCGUGGGCGGCGAGGGCCACCUGUGCCCGCAGUGCCGCAGCAAGUACUGCGCGCUGCCGGCGCAGUGCCGCACCUGCGGCCUCACGCUCGCCUCCGCGCCGCAUCUCGCCAGAUCAUAUCAUCACUUGUUUCCUGUAGAACCUUACGAAGAAAUACCUAAUGAAGGGCAAGCUCAAUACUGCUUCGGCUGUCUGAGACCCUUCACAGAUGUCGAUAAACAGAUGUUCCGCUGCCCGCGCUGCCAGGAGCACUACUGCUGGGAGUGCGAGGCGCUGGUGGGCGGCUGUCUGCACGUGUGUCCCGCGUGCGCCGCCCGCCCCGCGUUCUACCAGCGUCUGCCCGACGCUAGCAAAUAGACUCAUGACAAGCCGACAAUGGAGGAGACAAUGAUUGCGCCACCUUACAGCCAGAAGGCCUACCACGGAACAUGUACACUCUUAGUAUAUAUCGUAUAGAUUGGAAAUAAGCCGAGGAAAGAUAUUAAGCCACCAAAGAGCCUGAAGGCCUACCACGAAAUAUACAACCUCUGAGUACAUAUCGUGUAUGCAUUGUGUAAAAAAAUAGAGGACGUGUGGAUUAACACCGACAAGAAAGAUAUUCUUGAAUGCUUGAUGAUGACGAAUACCAUUGAAUUCGCUAUUUAUAAGUGUAAAUUAAUGUAAAUAAAAUAUAGAGUUAUAAUAAAUUGUGUACUUAAAUGAUGCAGAUAAA